GGUAAAGAUAUUCGGAUAUUCCCCUCUCUCUGCGGGUAAAAACCCGACAAGGGUUCUAUCGUGUCCACAUUCUUCAUCCAAACGACGAAGACGACCCAAAAUCACUCUGCACAGACGGUCUCGUUCUCUCCAUCUUCCUCUCUCUAGAAUGGACUACAGCUCGGACGAUGAAUCAGAUAUCAGUGACUCUGAAAUCAAGGACUAUGCUGAGAAACCGUAUGGGCAAUUGAGAGAUGGAACUUACAAAGUAAAGGGCGCCAAUGGUACCCUUAAGUGCCCCUUUUGUGCUGGGAAGAAGAAGCAAGAUUACAAGUUUAAGGAUUUGCUACAACACGCUUCUGGAGUUUCUAAAGGUUCAGCUAACAGAAGUGCGAAACAAAAGGCGAACCACCUUGCCUUGGCAAAGUAUUUGGAGGCUGAGCUAGCAGGUGAAGUAGCUCAAACUGAGCUUCCAGUCGUCUCAAGGCCUGUCUUGCAGCAUACCGAACAAGAUAAUCGAUAUGUGUGGCCUUGGACGGGGAUUAUUGUAAACAUAGUGGGGGGAGGAAAUGAUGGAUUAAGUUUCCCCAAUUCUAGUCACUGGUUAACCAAGUUCUCCAAAUGCAAACCUUCGAGCGUUCAAACUUUUUGGAAUGGGAAAGACCGAACGUCAGAGGCCAUUGUAGAAUUUGAAGGGGAUUGGAACGGUUUUAUGAAUGCGACUCAAUUUGAAAAGAUCUUGGAAAAUGAUGGCCGUGGCAAAAAGAGUUGGAUGGAUGUACCGGAAAUGCGUCGUGGCUCAAAUAUCUAUGGUUGGUGUGCACGUGCGGACGACUACAAUUCCCAGGGGCUAAUAGGGGAAUACCUCCGCCAGAAAGGACAGCUGAGAACAAUAUCUGAUAUUGAUCGUGAAGCAGCUCAAAACAGAAAUACUGUUGUGGCACACUUGGCUACAAAAAUUGACAUGACAAAUGAAAACCUGGAUGAGCUACAGUACAAAUACAAUGAGAAGACCAUGUCUAUGAGUAGGAUACUUGAAGAGAAAGAGUCGCUACACCUAGCUUUUAUUGAAGAAACAAGGAAGAUGCAGCGCAUUGCACGAGAGAAUGUUGAAAAGGUUUUAGCAGAACAGGAAAAAUUGAGUAAUGAGUUAGAGAGAAAGAAGAAGAAAAUUGAUUCCUGGAGCAAAGAAUUAAACAAACGCGAGGCACAAACUGAGCGUGAAAGAACACAACUUGACGAGGAGAAACAAAAGAAUAAUGUGAUAAACAGUUCUCUUGAAUUGGCUUCGAUGGAGCAAAAAAGGGCUGAUGAGAAUUUCUGUAGGCUGGUUGAAGAGCAAAAGAGGGAGAAAGAAGAAGCCUUGAAUAAAGUACUUCAGUUAGAGAAGCAGCUGGAUGCUAAGCAGAAGUUGGAAAUGGAAAUUGAAGAGUUAAAAGGGAAACUACAGGUGAUGGAACAUCUAGGAAAAGAUGAUGAAGCCGUCCAAGCAAAGAUGAAAGAAAUGAAUGAUGAGUUGAAGGAAAAAAUUGAUAAUAUGGACGAUUUGGAGUCUCUAAAUCAGACUCUUCUAACUAAAGAACGCGAGACCAAUGAUGAGUUACAAGAAGCUCGUAAAGCGUUAAUUGCUGCAACUGAUUUAUUGACUGCCAAGACUCAUAUUGGAAUAAAGCGAAUGGGAGAUCUUGAUGAGAAGCCCUUCAUCAAGGUAUGCAGGGAAAGAUCUCUGGAGGAACCAGAACUGCAGGGCAGCACUCUAUGCUCCUUGUGGGCAGAAAAACUUAAAGAUCCAAGUUGGCAUCCACUUAAGGUGGUUACUAUUAAUGGGAAUCACCAGGAAGUAAUAGACGAGGAAGAUGAGCAGCUGAGAAAUCUCAGGGAGGAGUGGGGAGAUGAGAUAUAUACGGCAGUUGUUACAGCCUUCAAAGAAAUUAACGAGUAUAAUCCGAGUGGGAGAUACACUGUUCUUGAACUUUGGAACUUUAAAGAAGGAAGAAAAGCCACCUUAAAGGAAGUAAUUGCUUUUGCCCUGAUGAAUAUGAAGCAACUUAAGCGCAAGAGAACAUAGUGAAGUGGCAGGGAAUGUUGAGAAAAAGAAGUGGGAGCUGAUAACCUUUUGCAAGGGGAGAUGCAUUUGCAAGCGAUACAAGCUGACGGUUUUAACGUGCUAAUGUAACCCUUUUCUUAUGCUAGCAGUGUGGAAAAAAAACCUAUGCUUCGUAGAAUAUUCCCGAGGAAGGAAGGAAUUGUACAAAUCUCUCAUUUUUUAUUUC